UCCUUUUCGAAAAGCAAGCAGUGAAACAGAGCAACUACUCCGUACAACACCCGCCUGCUCAGUUCGUCCCUUGGUUCCUCUCCCGAUUUCUCUCUCGACUCGCCGUCGCAAUGCGAUUCCGCUCCCGGAUCGUCGAGCUCGAGGCGAUUCGCUCCUGAUCCGAGCAUCCCGACGUCCAAGCCCGGCUCGUUACUCGCUCGUUCCCGCGAGAUUUACGGGUUGAUCUGCCCCCCACCAUGACGAGGAUAACUCGUGAAUUUGGCACCGCAAUCCAAAGACCGGUCCCUGCUGUGUCUGCUGACGUGAUAUUUGCAUCUACUCGGUUUCCAAAGUAUAAGAUUGGAGCCAACAAUCAGAUCAUAGAUGCAAGAGAUGAUGCGAAUAUUCUGUCCCUGAAAGAAGUCGUUGCGCGUGAGACUGCUCAGUUGUUAGAACAGCAAAAGCGUCUGUCAGUGCGUGAUCUUGCUAGUAAAUUUGAGAAAGGGCUGGCUGCUGCAGCUAAAAUAUCUGACGAGGCUCGACUCAGGGAGGCUGCUUCCUUGGAGAAACAUGUUCUUUUGAAGAAGCUUAGAGAUGGAUUGGAAUCCUUGCGAGGAUGGGUGACAGGUAGAAGCAAGGAUGAUGUCGAAGAAGCAAUUGCCAUGGUGGAGUCUUUGGCUGCUCAGUUGACUCAAAGAGAAGGAGAGUUAAUCCAGGAGAAGGCUGAAGUAAAAAAAUUAGCAAAUUUCCUCAAGCAGGCUUCGGAGGAUGCCAAAAAACUUGUUGAUGAAGAAAGGGCUUUUGCUCGUGCUGAAAUUGAGAGUGCCAAAGCUGCUGUUCGAAGGGUAGAAGAGGCCCUUCAGGAGCAUGAACGUACAUCUCGAGCAUCAGGGAAACAAGACUUGGAAGGAUUAAUGAAAGAGGUUCAAGAGGCCAGGCGGAUCAUUAUGCUGCAUCAGCGAAGUAAGGUCAUGGACAUGGAAUAUGAGUUGCACGCUUUGAGGAAUCAACUUGCAGAGAAGUCCAAGCGUUCACUUGAGCUUCAAAAAGAGCUUUCAGUGAUGAGAAAGGGAGAGAUGAGCUUGCUUCUAUAUGAGUUAGAAGGAGCCGAAGCACUGGGUUCCUAUCUGCAGAUUGUGCCAUGCUCUGACAGCGCUCCAGGACUAUCUGAAUGUACAAUUCAGUGGCACCGGAUGUCAUGUGAAGGUGGCAGAAAGGAACUUAUAUCAGGAGCUACCAAACCUAUCUAUGCUCCAGAGCCCUUUGAUGUGGGGCGACUACUGCAAGUUGAUGUUGUUUUUGAUGACCAAUGCAUUGCCUUGACAACCACUGGUCCGAUUGACCCAGCCGCUGGUUUGGGCAGUUAUGUUGAGGCACUUGUGCGGAAACAUGACACACAAUUUAAGGUGGUGGUUGCUCAGACCAAUGGUGUGGAACAUCCAUUAGAAUCUAUUCACGUUCUUCACAUUGGGAGAAUGAGAAUGAAGCUUUCUAAAGAAAAGACAACCGUAGCUAAAGAAUAUUAUUCGAGCUCAAUGCAGCUGUGCGGGGUUAGAGGUGGUGGCAAUGCUGCAGCUCAGGCAUUGUUUUGGCAAGCUAAGCAAGGAGUGUCCUUUAUAUUAGCAUUUGAAUCGGAAAGAGAAAGGAAUGCUGCCAUAAUGCUUGCCAGAAGAUUUGCUUAUGACUGUAAUAUCAUGCUCGCUGGACCAGAUGACAGAGCACCUAUAGGUACCCGAUAAUCUGAUCAAAUCUUUACCUUUUUGUAGAGUGUAAUUACAUUGCCCUUUGCUUUGUCUACUGUAUUAUAAGUUGACGAGCUUUCGAUCACCGUAUGUCUUGUGGGAUCGUGUUCCUUUCCCCAUUGUUUGUCAUCGUUUUGGGUGGUUCUAAUUCCACUUUCCUGUAUCCUGUUUUUCUGCCGUUUGGAAUCUUUGUAACGAAUCUGAUUGCACAUGGUGGAGCAUUUGUCCCCCCUAUGAGACUAUUUCAGGCUUUGGGUGACCAUAUCCAGCUCAUGCCA